AUGGGUAUAAGCUGCUGGGUUUGCUGUGGUUUUCUUCUUUACCUUGCUCUUUUUCUAACACCUCUUCCCAUCUUAGUGACGGCCCAGCUGCCGAGGCCUCACAGUUAUCAGAUUGCCAACUCUUCUACUUCAUGGACUAACAGUCUUUCCACUUCUGAUUCUUUGAAAUUGGAUGAUGGAUCAUUUGUGAGAAUAAUAUAUACUACAAUAUUCUACUACUAUACGGAAACUGAGUAUGUUUAUUGUGGUUGUGGCUUCAUCUAUAAUAGAACGUGCAACAGUUCUCUCUUUGCCAUUUUCAGUUAUUUUUACGAGAACAGCUACGGUAUUCAUAAGUUUGUUAGUCCAGAAAUACUCUGGUCUGCUUACCCAAAGAAUCCGGUUAGCAUUAAUGCGACUUUGAAGUUCACUUCAGAAAGAGGUUUGGUGUUACAAGAUGCUAAUGGAACUGAAGUGUGGUCCACAAACAUUAGCGGCAAAUCUGUGGCUGGCCUAAACUUCACCAACACGUGCAACCUAAUGCUCUUGGAUCACAAUCAAGCAAAAAUUUGGCAGUCUUUUGAUCACCCAACAGACACGCUGGUUCGCGGGCAAAAGUUGGUGCCAAUGAAGCAGCUCACUAAUCAAGGGGGAUUGUUUUCCCUCUCUCUCACCAGUAAAGGUUUGUUUGCUUAUGUCAAUUCUAAUCCUCCUCAACCCUAUUUUUAUUAUGAAGUUAACAACCUUUUCAACGUCAGUUAUUUUAAGUUUCUAGAUCAAAAGUUAGCUUUCUUUGAAGCUGAUUUAGUACCUUACGCAAUUGGUCAAUUAUUCUUUCGUUCGUCUCUGUACAUGAGACUUGGGCCUGACAGACACUUGAGAGUGUUUGAUGCACAAUGGAAGCAAGUGUCCGAUGUCCUCACACCAUAUAUUGUUGACUGUGGCUACCCUACGUUUUGCGGCAAUUAUGGAGUUUGUACAAACAGCCAGUGUACUUGUCUUGCACCCAUAAAUGGGACAAGCUAUUUUCAGAAAAUCAACGAGAAGCGGCCUGAGCUACAUCAAUGA